CAGCUCCCCCCAUUCAGAAUCAAGAACCAUCGAAAACCUUCAACCAAUCCCUCUAAUGGCUUCCGCUGCUGCGAUCUCUCACCAUGCCAUCGCUCCCCGCGAGCUCUUCAUGAGCUCUGAAAGGCCGGUGGACCGAUCCUCCGUCGGUGUUUCCACUGUGAACCUCCCGCCAAGGAGGCGACUAGUUGCGAGGCCGGGUUACGCUGUGGAGCCGAUUUGGAGAGGUGAUUCGGUUGUAGUUUCUGCGGCGCGAGCUUCGGCUUCGGAUGUUGUCAUUGAGGAGAAGAGGGUGGGAGAAGAGGUGGUGGUUGAUUAUGAGAAGGUGGCGGUGGAGUUGGUGGAUGCGUCGCCGUUGGAGAUCAUGGAUAAGGCGCUGGAGAUGUUUGGAAAUGAAAUCGCCAUUGCCUUCAGCGGGGCAGAGGAUGUUGCUCUGAUAGAAUAUGCCCAUUUAACUGGGCGACCUUUCAGAGUGUUCAGUCUUGAUACUGGGAGAUUGAACCCAGAGACAUACAGAUUAUUUGAUGCUGUGGAGAAGCACUAUGAUAUACAUAUUGAGUACAUGUUCCCGGAUGCAGUUGAAGUGCAGACUCUAGUGCGCAGCAAGGGAUUGUUCUCGUUCUAUGAGGAUGGGCAUCAAGAGUGCUGCAGUAUAAGAAAGGUGAGACCACUGAGAAGGGCACUUAAAGGCCUCAGGGCUUGGAUUACUGGACAGAGGAGGGAUCAAUCACCUGGCACAAGAGCUCAUAUCCCUAUUGUUCAGGUGGAUCCUUCUUUUGAAGGAUUGGAUGGUGGAGCUGGUAGCCUGAUAAAGUGGAACCCAGUGGCCAAUGUGGAAGGCAAAGAUAUCUGGAAUUUUCUUAGGGCCAUGAAUGUUCCCGUGAACGCACUACAUUCACAGGGGUACGUGUCCAUUGGAUGUGAGCCCUGCACCAGACCAGUCUUACCCGGGCAGCAUGAGAGGGAAGGAAGGUGGUGGUGGGAGGAUGCAAAAGCCAAGGAAUGCGGCCUCCACAAGGGCAACAUCAAGGAUGGUGACUCAAACAAAGUCGGUGUCAAUGGCAACAUAAAUGAUGCUGCCACUUCUGUCAAUAGCAUACCGGAUAUCUUUGAUACCCAACAUAUCAUUAACCUCAGCAGGCCUGGAAUAGAGAACUUGCUCAAACUAGAAAACCGGCAAGAACCUUGGCUUGUUGUCCUUUAUGCUCCUUGGUGCCCGUUUUGCCAGGGAAUGGAGGCUUCAUAUGUCGAGUUAGCUGAGAAGCUUUCCGGCGCAGGGGUCAAAGUAGCAAAGUUUAGAGCAGACGAAGACCAGAAGUCAUUUGCCCAGCAAGAACUGCAGCUAGGCAGCUUCCCUACAAUUCUCUUCUUUCCAAAGCAUGCAUCCAGGCCCAUCAAGUAUCCCUCGGAAAAGAGGGAUGUUGAUUCUCUGUUAGCUUUCAUCAGCACUCUAAGGUGAACUCCACAGGAAGGUCUACCUUUUGAAUUAGCCAAUCUACAUAUAGAAUUCAGGUUCAGGUGUACGGUUUUGUUUUUGCUGGUUUUUGUUUCAGUAUAAAGGUAAUAUGUGUGUUACCGGAGCUGGUGUGGAUGAUUCUACUAUCAUCCCUGUAUUCCAUCUUCUCUACAUUUAGUAAAAGUCUUCAAUGUUUCUGCUGCA